GGCUUAUUCUGGAAUCCUGUAUCCUCGGUUGAUCUUCCGAUGUCGGAAGCUUCUUCGUCUCGUCGUAUUGCCUCUCGGGCUAUUUAAUUGCGAGUCUUGUGAUGUUGAAUGAUCUGUCCAACCAAGCAACUCUAAGCCAUCAACAUGCCUCUAAUCAAAGAUCAAUUAUCAUUCCGAAUAGCACUCCUACCAGGAGAUGCGCACGGCUCGCAACUAGCAUCGUGCGUUGAACAAGUACUACAUCUUAUCGAACACAUUCGUCCAGAUGUUGCAUUCCAAAUAUCCAGACACGAUUUCGGAGGCGUGGCGUUAGCAACUGGGGACCGAAGCGCCCUGCCAACCUCCACACUAGAAGCGUGCCGCCAAUCUGAUGCUACCAUUGUAUGCGCCUGCGGUGAUUCAAAGUAUGGCAUUGAGCCUGAAAAGGGAUUGCUGGCACUCCGACAAGAACUUGGACUCUUCGCCAACAUCAGACCCGUCAAAUUUCCAUCGGAUUCGCUUAUACAACUCAGCUCUUAUAGGCCAGAGUCAGUCGAAGGUCUUGACAUCACAUUCUUCCGAGACCUGACGAGUGGUACUUACUAUGGAGGAAAAAAAGAAGCUGGAGAUGGUUGUGAAGCAUACGACACCACCAGCUACUCUCGUUCAACCAUUGAGAGAUUGGCAAGGCUAGCUGGCACAUAUGCUAUGCAAUUCAACCCACCAAAGCGAGUUCACUCUGUUGACAAGGCCAAUGUCAUGGCGACUUCCCGAUUAUGGAGAUCUGUUGUCACAGAUGUCUUCAGCAACGAGAUCCCUCAGGUUCAGCUAGACCAUGUUCUGGUUGACAAUGCAUCUAUGGUCUUAUCAUCAAACCCCCAAAACCUGAACGGAAUCAUCCUGACGGAAAACAUGUUCGGCGAUAUCCUGUCAGAUCAGGCUAGUGGCAUACUCAAGUCGUCAGAUAUUCUGGCAUCAGCAGCUGUGUCCACCAUCUAUGGUAAAGGCAAGGCACCUGGUGUCUUUGAACCAUUCAAUCUCAAACCAAGAGGUAGCGAGGUGAAUCCGCUUGGUAUCGUCCAAGCAGUCGCGUUAAUGCUUGAGCUUUCUCUGGGUCUGAAACCUGAAGCUACGGCCUUAUCAAAAGCUAUCCGACGAACUCUUGAUCCUAUCGACCAAGUCGGAUCCGACACAAGGACGACUGACCUGGGUGGUACGGCAUCACCGAAGGAGUUCAUGGAUACUCUUUUACACAACUUUGACUACUAUUUAGAGGCUCUGAACUCAGCCGAUGCUGCAAGUUUCCCGGCAGUUAAGUCGUCGCCUCUAUCAGCACAAGGCAUCACAAACGUCCGACGUAUGGGAGUCAUUGAGAAGAUCUUAACACACGCCGGUAUAGGUCUGACCAAGCCAUAUGUCGAGACGGGAGAUAUGAUCUGCGUCAAGGUCGAUUGGACACUCACAUCCGAGCUUCUUUGGGGUGGCAUGGAGAAGACUUACAACCAGAUGGGAAGACCUCGCCCAUUCCGCAACGAUCGUCUCUGGCUCGCAGUAGACCAUACAGUUGACCCUCGCACAAACCAUCAACCUCGUCAAAAAGGUCUCAUCGCCAAAGCGGAGCGUUUCAGACGAGAGGCCAAGAUCAUCGACUUUCUUCCCGCCAACACGAGUAUCAUGCACACUGACUUCACUCGUGAACGUGCUCAGCCUGGUCGUGUUGUUGUUGGAAGCGACUCACAUACCUGUUCAGCGGGGAGCAUGGGGUCUUUCGCUGUUGGCUUUGGGGCAGCUGACGUCGUCAUGCCCAUGGUCACUGGUGAAACCUGGUUUCGCGUGCCUGAGGUUUGCAGGAUCAACUUCGUGGGAAAACUUCCUUUUGGAGUUGGUGGCAAAGAUGUCAUUCUUCAUAUACUGGGCCUAUUCAAACGCAACACUAUUGCGUUUCAGCGAGCUGUUGAGUAUGGCGGUCCUGGUCUGAUGGAGUUAUCUAUGGACGCGCGUUUCGCCAUUGCCAAUAUGACAACCGAGUUUGGCGGCAUGGGUACUUGCUUUGAGGCUGACGAAGAGACUUCGGCAUGGAUCGCACGUCGAAAGCUUCCUGAGCACCGAGAAGGUGGUCUUUUCUUCCGUGCAGACCCAGACGCUCGAUAUGUCGAUGUGAAGACUAUCGAUCUCUCAGAAGUCCGCUUAACGAUGGCGCUGCAUCCGAACCCGGAUGAUGUUGUCUCAAUUCAUGAAAGGGCCGGUAUGAAGCUCGACGGAUGCUUCAUUGGUGCCUGCACAACAACCGAAGAGGACCUCAUUGUUGGCGCUCUGGUACUUGAGGCUGGGCUGUAUGCAGGUAUGCGACCAUCUCGCCAUGGAAAACGCCGCGUCACGCCUGGAAGUCUGAUUAUCAUCAAGAACCUUGACAAACAUGGCUUGCUGGAUAUUUACAGACAGGCUGGCUUUGAGGUCGGUGCACCUGGCUGUUCCUACUGUGUUGGAAUUAACGACGUUGAUGUCGCUGGAGAAGGAGAAGUUUGGCUGUCCUCUCAAAACCGCAACUUCAGAAACAGAAUGGGUAAGGGAAGUUUCGGCAACAUUACUUGCGCAGCUGCUGUGGCUGCCUCAAGCUUUGACAUGGCUGUCACGGAUCCCAAGUUCUUGCUUGAUCAGCUAGAUAGCGCAAAGCUCGAGAGACUUGUCAGUGGAGGUAGAUCUAGUGGACGUCAACCAGGAUUGAAGAUUAGCGAGCCGAGGCCUGAGAUAUCAUCGAACUCCGUACCCAUCCUCUUCAACAGCAGCGACUCUGCAGUUGGACCAACUACUACGAGGACCAUUCGAUCUAAGGUACAACGAUUUGGAGAGAAUGUUGAUACUGAUGCGAUCAUCCCUGCUGAAUUCAUGCCGGGUGUUGACAAUGCUGAUCUCGGAAGCCAUUGCUUUCAGUACUUCCGCCCAGAGUUCAGGGACAAGGCCAAGAAUGGUUCAACUGUCAUAGUUGCCGAACAUGGAUUUGGCAGUGGAUCUUCACGUGAAGACGCUGUGAGGGCCCUCCAGGGAGCGGGCGUAGAGGCAGUGAUAGCGAAAGGGUUCGCAUUCAUCUAUGAGAGAAAUCAACUUAACAUGGGAUUAUUCAGCAUAAAGGUGCAAGACCAUCGGUUCUACGAACUUGCGCUGGAAGACGCAGUUAUCACCAUCAACAAAGAUAACAAGACAAUUCAUAUUGCAGGCACAGAUGCGACCUUUCCCUAUGUGCAGUCAGACGUUGAAGAAGCUCUGGUCGAGUCUGGUGGUGUUCUUCCGUUAUAUAGCAGGCUUGGAAAAGGAGUAUUUCGACAUCUGACGGCACCAAAGGUCAAGGGAGGGAAGAGAGUUGGCUAUGGGAUCGAUACUGAUUCUUUGGAUAGCAAGGGAAGGACAGAUUUAUCUUGGUAGUUGUGGAAUGGAGUAUUUGGAGUUGCCAUGGACAUGAUGCACUGGUAGAAAUUGCACAGUGAAGCCAUUUAUAUAUUGUCC